UGUUUUGUUGGAAUGUACCAAGAAGAACAGGGGAAGGAACAGAAAAGCUUACGUUUUAAAAGCCUAGGAAGUGAGCGACCAAGCCAUGCAUGAAAGAAUUACAAGGAGUACAUAAUGCCUUUAACCAUUACAUACAUUUCAAGGAAGGAAGAAUAGCAUUGGCUUAUGCUGGGAGGACAUAGAGAGUGAUGGUUUUUGAGAUUUCGCCCACCCAUUCAUCCUUAGUUGGGCUGGUCUGAGGGUUAAGUUGUUAGUCCUGGGAACCAGCAGCUGUUGGGGCAGUGCUGUUUCUCAUGAGUGGGCAGACCUCCAGCUAAGGUCAAGAGUGAGCGAGAGCCAGGAUGAACUGUCGCUCAGAGGUAUUGGAGAUAUCAGUGGAAGGUCGCCAAAUUGAAGAGGCCAUGCUGGCUGUUUUGCACACAGUACUGCUCCAUCGCAGCACAGGGAAGUUCCACUACAAGAAAGAAGGGACCUACUCCAUUGGGACAGUCGGCACGCAAGAUGUUGACUGUGACUUCAUUGAUUUCACCUAUGUCAGGGUUUCUUCAGAGGAGCUUGACCGGGCAUUGAAAAAGGCUGUUGGGGAAUUCAAGGAUGCACUGAGGAACUCAGGAAAUGAUGGGAUGGGCCAGAUCUCACUGGAGUUCUAUCAGAAGAAGAAAUCACGGUGGCCAUUCUCUGAUGAGUGCAUCCCUUGGGAAGUGUGGACGGUCAAAGUCAAUGUGGUGAGCCUGGCUAACGAGCAGGAACGACAGAUCUGUCGUGAGAAAGUUGGUGAGAAACUCUGUGAGAAGAUAAUUAACAUUGUGGAAGUGAUGAACCGACAUGAAUACCUGCCCAAGAUGCCCACCCAAUCUGAGGUGGACAAUGUCUUUGAUACAGGUCUGCGGGAUGUCCAGCCCUACCUGUACAAGAUUUCUUACCAGAUCACUGACUCACUUGGAACCUCUGUCACUACAACCAUGCGGCGCCUCAUUAAGGAUACCCUGGCACUCUGAUGCCCAUGAGACUGUAGACCUGACAUUAUUGAGAGGCAACAUAAGCAACUGGCUUUCUGCCCUCACUAAGCUCCAAAGCAUCAAAUCCAUCUUCGCUCCCAGAAAAUCUGGGAGUCUUGACACCCAGGUGCUCUGCUCCAAUUUAUUAAUUCCAUAAUGUCUCCAGAGCAAGGGGAUAGAACAAGCCCAGAUUGCCAGGUUUUGUACACCCAUUUACUAGAUCCCAGCUUCUCUCAUGGUAGUGAAUGAAAAUCAGGAUUCUUCCUUUAGCCAUUUUCUGUUAGACUUAGCUCUAUAAGCUUAGAGAGUGUGUCUCUUCAUGGGAGAAAAUUAUGUGUAUUUUUCCUUAGUAUAUCCUUGGUAUAACCCACAUGGUAACGCUAAGCUUAGUUCUCUCCACGAGCCCUAAAAGUCUAUUCAAACAAGAUGCCUUGAUUUCUUAACUGCAGAAUAUUUUGCAAAUGGAAAUCUGCCAAGGCUGGGGUUACUUUCCUUGGCAAAAUGGGUGCCUUUGUUCCUAAAAAACCAUUUCUCAUACUUGACUCUGCUCUGGCUUUAGGAUAAUUGAAUCUGAUUAAAAGACCUUUGUCCUGUGCCCAACUUUCAGGGCAGCAUUGUGUAAAAGGCUGAAGGUCCAUGUUUUUCUUGGGUCCUAGUUGCAAAGAAGAGCUAAAUCUGAUAGACUUGUUCAAAGGCUGUCUCAUCUUGCCAAUCCAGCCCUCAUCAACCCCACAGUUGCCAUUUCUCUGAAGAGUUUGGAAGUCAGGAACUUGCAUUACUGAAAAUGAUAAAGAUCCUCCAUGUCUUGUAUAUGUUUUUCAAGUCUAAUGUAAUGUGUAUAAUAAUAGUCUAAGAAUUAAAAAAAAAACAAAUCCCA